AAGAGGGACAUAAUGUCUGUAUUCGUUGCGUUUUGUAGGUGUUCGUAAAAUAAUGUUGUGGUUCCAUUGAAUUAAAAGUUAGGUAAACAUGCAGAACAUUCAAUACUAUAAAGUACUGCACCCUUACAGAUGUGUUGUUUAAGAAAUACUAAUAAAAUGUCAGUAAAAACCCAACAUAACAAUGCAUCAAGGAAACCGUUUAGAACUUACUCCUAAAACAACAAAAUAACCACAUUUCACCCUUCCCUAACAUUGUUAAACAUGGAAAUGGGAGUACGAAAGUUACCUAAAAAACGUAAAUUUGAUCCCUCUGAACUAGAGGAAAAUAAUUUGCAAGCUGUUUGUAUACCAGUGUCUGUGGUUCAGUGCACGAGUGUAAUGUCAGCACCCCAAGCCACUGCUGUUGAUUAUUCCUGUUCUCAACGCAUUAUUUCUCAAGAGGAUGGAAUUUUCAAACAAACUAAUAGUAAACAAAAUAUAAUCGAUCUCAGUGAAUGGUGUGACCAUAGAGUUCUAGCCAAGCAAGGUGACUGGUACUAUCCUGGAGUAAUUCGGGAAGCCAGUGGAUCAAACAUUACAGUUGCUUUGGAUGGAAAGGAAGAAAAAUUGAUAACAUACACAAAUGUGUUUGAUAAUGAAUGUUACAAUGUGAUAGGAGACGCAAGUCCAUCGAUAAACCAAAUAACUUUAGCAACUAGGGUUUGUGUACGUCACAACCAAAGUAUGUUCGUUGAAGGUGUAGUUUGUAGUAGGCUAGAAGGUCAACCGAUACGGUUUGUCGUUGCAGUAAUAGGUGAAAAAUCUUUGGAGGUAACAGUGAAACGAGCAGACUUAAGACUGUUACGUCCUCCUUGGUGGGAUGAACUUGAGAAUCUUGAUACAGCUAUCGAGAAUGUGAUACAACCGACUAUGGAUUAUUUUCGUGCCAACCAGGCAUCUCCAACUCAACUUCAUACUCCAGUCUCGGUUUGCACACCUCUUUCAAACGGCCGUCACUAUGAUGAGUUCUGUGAGAGUGAAGAUGAAUUAAGGCAAGAUAAUAUAACAUUUGGGACUGAAGUAGAUGCAAAAUUAUCUGGAAGUAGUAAGAGGAGCAGCAUGCACUCUAGGGGUAGUUCAUCAAGCAGUAUUACGCCUCGUUCUCAACCAGCAACACCUCGGAGCCAGGCGGCUACUCCACACAAAUAUAAAAAGGGAGAUGUUGUUUCAAACCCUAACGGUAUUCGUAAAAAGUUCAAUGGGAAACAGUGGCGGAGACUUUGCUCGAAAGAUGGAUGUACUAAGGAGAGUCAACGUAGGGGAUAUUGUUCACGGCAUCUCAGUUUAAAAGGUAAUAGUCUCCGUAGUGGACAUUUUCCUAGAUCUAAUAGUAAAGGGGAUGGUGGGGAAGAUACUUCUAGGGAUUCCGAGACUUCUCCUAACUGCAGUGACAGGAGGAUUGCAGGGAGAUUUGAUCAAGAAGAAACUGAUGCUGCUAAUAUGUUAGUGUCGUUAGGCAGUUCACGAUCAGCUACUCCUGCUUUUUCUCCAAAUGGUCAAGGUUCUUCUCCCCAUGCGAUGCAGUCUCCGAUUACAGUAGGUCCAAGACAAAACGUUUUCAUGCCCAUUCCUAGCAGUCAUUCCCAUGGUAUGCAAAAAAGAAAUUCACCUGUUCCUCCUGGAUAUAAUCCUCCUUAUCAUCAACAAGUUAUAAGACCAGAAGCACGUCCAGUUCAAGGUGUAACAAGCGUAAUAAGAGUUUCUCCUAACCCUAGGCAAUGGGCCCCUAAUACCCCUGAACAGCAAAGCGUUAUUUUACAACACGCUUUAACAAGUCCAUCCAGCCAAACACUAGAGCCGGAGAACAGUUCCUUGUCACAAGGAACCCUUUAUUGUGUUGUACCCCCAACGCAUGAGAAAAAUGUUAUGAUUGUAAAAAAUGAAGUAGAAAAUGAUCAGAAGGAACCAAAAUCUUUUCAAAGACAGGUUAUACAGAGCGAUCAUUUGCAUACGACUCAAACCAUUCGUGUUACGCCAAAUAAUAGCAUUAACAAUAUAAAUGGUUUAAGUAAUUCACAUUCCACGGGUCCAGGAUACAUUCAGUCAAAUUCUAUUAGUACUGGAUUACCCGUCAUAGUUAAUCCUACCCAGUUGGUACCGGUAUUGCCUGCUGCUUCACAAUCUGUUGUUAAGAGAAUUGUUCCAGUUGCCAGUUUGUCACAGAACCCACCACCAGUAAUAGUAAAAUCUGAACAAGUCUCACCAAAUGUGUCAACUCACAAUAAUGAACCGAUAAUUCAGCACAAUCCCAUUCAACUUCAAUCACACCACAGAGUAUCGGUAGUUCCACAAAUCGCAUCAUCUCAGUCAAACCACAAUCAAAGCAGACAAUUAAUUUCACAACUAAAAGUGCAAACUAACCCCACGUCAACUCAGUCCGCUUUUGUCAUUCCAUGGCAUUCGAUUGUGCCUCUUUUGACUGCAAGUUCGGGGCCAAAUUCUCCGCCACGUUCCCAGCUAUCUCCACCGUUGUCCGCACCACCAGUCGGUACAGUGGGUGGUGCAUCUGUUGAUCUUCAGGAUGAGGAAGUUGAUGGUGAAACUAUGUCUGUACCAACAGAGGAGGAUGACGAUGUUUUUGAGACAGAAACAAGUGAUCUUAAUUUAGAUAGCAAUAGCAAUAGCAAACGCAGGAGCCAGUCAUUGAGUUCCCUACAAAGCAAUAAUAAGGAAUCUAAUAAGAAUAAAGAACGUAUAAGGCGACCGAUGAAUGCAUUUAUGAUUUUUUCAAAGAGGCACCGUACUUUAGUGCAUCAGCGUCAUCCAAAUCAAGAUAAUAGGACAGUGUCCAAGAUUUUAGGUGAAUGGUGGUAUGCUUUAGGUGCUGCUGAGAAGAAAAAGUAUCACGAACUUGCAUCUGAGGUAAAAGAAGCACAUUUUAAGGCACAUCCAGAGUGGAAAUGGUGCAAUAAGGAUAGAAGGAAGUCAUCAACAGGUUCAGGACGCAGCAAGCUUAGUUCAACAAGUGAUAGUGGUGAGACAAACGAACUACCAGCAAGUCCUAGAAUAAACUCACCUCCUCACACUUCAGAACCUCCUCGACAAAUUGUACAAGAACAGGAUGUGACAGGUGAUGUCUCUGAUGAUGAUCAAAUGGUUAUAUGUGAAGAUCCAGGCACAGAAAUAGAUCUUAAGUGCAAAGAAAAAGUUACAGACUCUGAUUCAGAGUCACAAAGUGAUCUAGAUUCUUCGAUAGAAAAUCGAGUAUUCCAGCACCAACGGUUCAGCCCUGUGACUACAAACAGUUGUGUGGAAGUGACUUGUAGACCGAAACCAAUAAAAGCAAGGCUACCAUCAACAGAGACUCCAAAAUAUAGCCCAGUAGCUACAUCGAGUACGUUAAGCUUUCAUUAUUCUCCAGUGAAUCCGUCAGGAAUAACAGGUUUUCAGCCUACAGGAGGUGCGUUCAAGACGAUGCCUGCUUCGCCAAAAGUUGUUAAGAAUGAAAUUAAUGAUAACCACGAUAACUGGUCAAGUACUUCAAUAAUAAAUAAAACAAAUGAUGUUUCUCAGUGGGUCAAUUCUUCUACCAUACAAACAAGCACUAUCGCCACGAAAACUAACCCUACAUUAGCUAUUCUAAAGCCACAGAUUAAACCGAAUGUUAUUCAAAUGAAUGAAGGCAUCAGUCAAAACUAUCAGUCACCACCACUAACCGUUCUUAUUGGUGGACAAUCAACUAUAUGUUUGUCUAAUGAUACAGAACAUUCACAACCUUUUGUUGUUGUUGCAUCCACAGCUUCUGAACUACCAGUGCAAUGUCUAUAUAUGCAGCCUUCUUUCAAUAUACCUGUAUCAGACAAUAAUGGCAGAAGCAUGUCUUUACAAAACCUCCAUUUAUUACCCAAACAAAAUCAUACACAGUCGGUCAUAGUCACCCAAGCACAGAGUAAGAUAUUGUCUUCUCAGGCAGAGUAUCAGCCCCAACAAAAUACGGUCGUCACUACUUCUAAAAGCUACACAAAUUCAGGGAUCUCGUUGUACUCGGAAAUGAAAGAUGUGAAAAGUGAAAAAGAAAUAAAGUCACCUAUUGGAACUGAUAUGUUGCCUCCUUCUUCAAGCCAUAUCGAGUCACAAACAGAGCAACAAAAUCAUGAAUUUAAAUUGGCACCAACUCCCGCGCAACUAGGAAAGGCACCUCUUCAGAGAAGACAGUCUAUGGCUGUUUUUGGGUCUAAUAAUCCUCAAGGAAACCAAGAAAAUUCACCCCUUCCAACACCUACUACGCUUCCUGAUGAUAAUCCAAAUGAUUCACUAAUUUCUCCAUUGACUAAAAAGAGUUUUUUUAAGAGAACCAUUGAGGAUGGGAUGGACCGGGUACUGGAGCAGGUGAAUUUCGAGAAGAAAUUCUCUUCACUGCCACAAUUCAAACCCGAAGAGGGACAAUCUCCAAGUGCAAUUUCGGUUCCCAGCCCUGGCCUCUUUAAUUACAACAAAAAGCGUCCUCCUCUUACUGCAUCACACCGUACUUCAGUAGAUGAAGAGUCGGAAGCUGAAACUCCACAAAGCGUGCCCAAAUCAGCUUCAUCUGCUAAGCCUAUUGUUAUCGGCAAUCAGUUCUUUGGCCCUGACUUCAGUAUAGACAGUGUUAGAGCGGAACUAAAUGAAAUCGAAGAGGGCACGUCUCCGAGAACCCCUAGGACUCCAGGUACUUCCAGAGAUGCUGAGAAAGGUCAUAGAAGGAUCCUGGAGCAACGCCGUCAAUUAGUCAUACAACUGUUCCAAGAACAAUCACUAUUCCCGUCAGCCCAAGCCACGUCAACGUUCCAGGCCCAACACUCUGACAUUUUCCCCACCAAAGCGAGUUUACAAUUAAAAAUCCGCGAAGUGCGUCAAAAGAUGAUGGCACAAAAUUCCCUUACUCCAUCUAGUACGAAUAGUCCCUUGACACCUGCUGAGCCUGUCAAGGUCUCCUCAAAUAGUUAGCUAGAAAUGUGCAAUAGUGUUUUGUCUUCCUUCUCGUAUGUUAUUGUCAAAUUGUUGACUGAGAACAGCAGUUAGAUCAUAACGUAGGGUUUAUAUGAAUUUAUUUAUCACUAUAACACAAAGUGUGGUGUAGUUAUCGUAUACACACCAGUCGGUACGUAGACAUAUGUAUUCAAUUCGUUAUAGGUAAAUCGUUGAGUAGUGCAAUUAUCAUAAUAAGCUCAGUCUGGCAUGACUGUAUUACAUUAUUUACUACGAAGAACCAAUAUUUACCAUUUUACAAUUUUUUUUUUGUGGAUAAUUUUAGAAUAGAUUUAAAUAUUCGCUGGUACGAGUUACUAUUCAAAUUCAUGAUUUUCUUUAAAUAAUUUUUUCUUUAUAAAAUAUUGAAUUUAAAAAUGUAAAAGGUAAGUUUUCUCUUUUAUAUAACAAAGCUUUAACAACUUAUAAUAAAUGGUUUUAACAAUAUUACAGGUCAAGAAAAUUAUUCAUCUUCAUUUUUUUAUGCCAAGAAUGAAUUCAAUUUUACUUGUAAAAACUCAUAAAACUUUUGAACAAAGGUGUUUUGUUUAAUAAAUUUUAUAAAGCCGAUUUAUACAAUUAACAAACAGAAUUAUGUUAUGUAUGUAACGCAACUUUUUUUUCAGUAAUAUUAUCAAAGUGAUUGUAUUUUGGUGAAUAUUGUCUUUCUAUUAAGUGUAGAUAUUACGUAGGGUUGGACAGUGAAAAUCUGUAUAAAAUAUUGGAUGUAUUCGUUUUGACGAUUUUAUAAAUGGUUGUAUAUUUGGUAUUUUUAUAACUGACUUGUAAAUUGAUGUUAUACUGGAAAAAUUCUAAAUUUGGGUGUAUAUUUAUAAUUUCCAUAUUUUUAUACAGAUCACAUGUCAAUAAAAAGAAAUAGGUAAGCAGUUUAGGAGGCAAAAAGACGAGUACAAUCACAUAUGUGGCCCCAAGGUGGUCUUUCGAGGUUUUAAAUAAGUUUUAUUGUUGUUUAAUAAUUUAUUCGAGAUUUUAUUACUCUCUUGUUUUAUUUUAAUGUAUGUUAUU